AUGGGUCUUUGGAACCGCCCAGCGGCGCAAGGGGAAACAUUUCCCUCGUCGAAAGAGUUUGGCGUACCGCGGAUGUACUUGGAGCGCCACAUUUCGUCUGAGGAUCAUCGCUACUGGGUCCAAUACACGGUUGCUUUCCAAACAGAGAGGGACGUCGUUGCAGCGCUCACGGCAAACGAUGUGCAUAAAACGAUCGAGAAUGCACCCGAGAACCUUGUGACGCUGAUUGAGGUACUUACUAUGCAUCUUGAGAGCCUCAUCAACGAUCCACUGUUUGCGCCUGUCCCUGCGCAUAAUCCGGGCGGCUUGAGUGCAUUGUUUGCCAGCACAGCGCAGCGAUCCAAACCGGAUACACGCAACCGGACUCUGGAGGCGCUCAACUGUUGUCGCGUUCUCACGCGUGUUAUCCCGUUUGUGUAUGAAAGUACGCCUGGGCCGAGGAAAGAUUCGGAUAUUCACGAUUUGGAACUGCGCGCGCUUUGGACGCCGCUGCUUCGUGGCAGCCCAGAAGCGCUUUCUCCUCCAACUACGCCAUCACCCAAACUGGGUAAUGAGACAGCACAAGAAGAAAUUAGGGCGACGAGUGGUCAAUUUAUUUUGACCGACGGCGACGAAUCCAUGCUUUCGAAUGCAGACAAAACGUCGGGGCGCAAAGACGCCGUGCUGGAGGACAUGCCAGCGCCAAGGUCGCAUAGUAAUGCGUCCAAAUCGGUUAUGACGGGCCAUGCCCUGUUGAACACUGUCAUGGAGCUUUUAUUCCAUGCUGGAUUUACCUUGCCUUGGACGCCGGAGCAGCUCAGUGUGGACGACGACGAAAAUGUGAGUCGCGUUCACUUCACCAUUUGGGAGGCAGGCAUUGGAUGCUCGGUUGAUUUGGAAAACACCACCUCGGCACAUAUGGAGCGCCGCACGGAAGUGAUGCGCCUCUUGAUCUCGAUGCUGUCCAAGCCCAUGUAUACAACACCAGCGUUGCUCAUGCAAACGCAGUUUACAGCAUUAGAUUUCAUCGCGUGCGAUUUGGAGCGGCCCGUUGUUUUGUCGUUCCUAUGCAGCUUGCUCAAUACAAUCUCCAACUACCGACAGGCUGACCGCUGGUCGCUGGUGGGAGCACGCGAUCUGGUGCGUGAUAUUCACACCUCUGUUUGUUUUCAGGUGCUUGGUGCAUUGCUCAGCUACGAGGACUCGAGUAUGAACCAAGUCAAAAAGAACAUGUUCCGGCAUUAUGUCAUGAAGCUGUACCGCGUCUCUGACUUUGCAUUUUUGGCGACGGGCAUUUCAAAGGUGUUUGGCGAAUGCAUGUCUGAGACGAGAGGCGCUUUUGAGCUUGGGGACACGAUGAAUGGCAUGUUUGUCAAGCCGGGCGAAGAACACGCUAGCGAACUACUAGCGGUGCUCUGGAUACAGCUGAAAAUCAAUGCCGAUUUCCACCGGUUUAUUACGCGCAGCAGGCAGCUGAGCCUCGAUAUCUUUUCCUGGCUCAUGUUUGUUGCACUGGCAAACAAGGAUGCAGCGGCCACGCUCUCCCAAGCACAGCUCGCUAUUUUCCUCUUGCAGGAUCUCACGGCGGACCGCAUGUUUUGUGUGCAUCUCACCAGCGUCCAGAGCCUUGCCGAUUUAACCAUCCCUACCCGCUACUUGCGGCUCCAUGGUGAGGUAGCGAUGGAUGUACUAAUUGAGGGCGUCUUUACCCUCUUUACCAAGAGCAACGGGCUCAUGACCCCGAUGUAUCCUUUCCUUCUCCUGAUUCUGUUCAACGCUGCUCCUUUCUGGCGCAAUCUAUCGGUUAUUUCAGCGGCACGCCUGGAGAUCUUGCUGCGCCAAUUGUCUUCGCCACGCUUCUUGCUUGCCGAAGCAGGCAAUCCACGUCUUUUGGGUAUCCUUUUGAAUGCAUUUUCGCAAAUGCUGCAGCACCAAUUCUCCAACAAUGCGAAUGUGGUGUAUGCCUUGGUCCGCUCUGCAUCGGUCAUCGAUCGCCUCAAGUCUUUCUCGCUGGAGGAGGCGCUGGAAAACAUUUACCGUGUGCGCCAGUAUGCGGCAAAUGUGAAUCCAAUGCCUCAAUCGAAACCGCUUCCGGAUCCCGCAGCGAGUGAGGAGUCGAAAGCGCAGGAAGAGGAUACGCCUGAAAAAAUCGCAGGCACAAACUCCAAGCUAGAAAGCAGCAGUGCGCAAGCGGAGCAGGCAUCGCCAUUCGAGCGGCCAGAUGACCAGGCGGAUACAAAGAAUGCCACAGCGCAAGCGCCACAAUCACCCGCACUCAGUAAGGCGCAGCUUGAUCAAGUGGCACGCUCUGUUGGAAGAAAUGGGUUUGUGCCUACCAAUGAAUGGGUCGAGUCGUGGCAUGCGUCUUUGCAUUUGUCUGUAUUGGGAAAGGCGCUGGAUGAGUUGGUGCCGCGCGUCAACAGCUUUUGUACGGACCCAAAUGUGGCCAACAGCGCCAAUGCAGACGAAAAGAUUUUGGCCUAUUUGCGCGAGCAAACACUGGCCGGUGUCUUAUCCCCCGUCGAAGAGACACAAAGCCAGCCGUUUGUGUGGAAUAACGAUAGUUAUUUGUGGUUGCAAAAUUACAUUUGGGGCAUCGUCUAUCUGGCCGGUCUGCCACUGGGUGUAUGGACGGGAACGCACACGAAACUCUUCAAUGUCCGAUUCGAGGAAGCUGCUGGCACAACGGGCAGUCGUGUGCUCGAUGCCAUUGUAAAUCUGACCUCGGGGUUGAUGGCAACCGCCGCGCAGGAUGUAGAAAAGGUUGCCGAGCACAACGCCAACACUUAG